CGAGCAGAGCUGAGCAUGAAAGCAACCACAGUGAGUGAAGCUGAAGAGUGACGUCACGCCGCCCCCCCAUCGCUUUCCCCUCCUCUCAUUCCCUUCUCUUCCCUUCUCCCCCGAGGCCACCCAAGUGCAAGGAGGCCACCACCGACACCCACCCCAAAACCCCAACAAGAGAGAGAGAGAGAGAGAGAGAGAGAGAGAGAGAGAGAGAUAAUCAGAAUGGCACUGGGGGGAGGACCCCUCGGCGCCAUCAUCGGCCGCUACCCCUCCUUCGCCGCCGCUGACGACCAAGACCCCGGCGGGGGCGUCAUUCGCCACGACCGCAAGUGCCGGGACUGGCCCUUCCUUCUCCUCUUCGCCGCCUUCUGGGUCGCCAUGAUUGUCAACUCCAGCUUCGGAUUCAACCAGGGCAACCCAGUCAGGCUGACAUUCGGACUGGACUACAAAGGGAACAUAUGUGGCAGCAGGCAUGCCGAUCCAGAUUUGCGUGAGUUGGAUGUUCGCUACUGGAUGAACCCCAACCAGGUCUACCAAAGUGGGCUCAAAAGCAGUCACAUCAGUCUACCGGACGCUAAAGCCAUCUGCCUUAUGGAAUGCCCACUUCCAGCAGAAGAUGGUUUGAAUUUUGUUUGCGAUUAUCCAGAAGGUGACAUACGCCUCUCUGUCGAUGAUUGGAUUAACAGGGACUAUGAUUACUUCGAGUACCUCACACCAGAUAUGAGGAAUAGUUCUCUUCAGCUGCAGGGUCCUUGUUACCCUGUCAUCUUUCCAAGUGUAAAUGUGUACUGGAGCUGCCAGUUUAUUACGCGGGCAUCCAAUGUCUCUUUGAAGCAUUGGCAGCAGAUGGGUGGUGUCAGCAUCGACCAAAACAUGCUAGUAGACAAAACAAUUCACAACGCAAUCAACAGCAAAUCCGCCGUUCUCAAGAGAUAUGUUGCAGAUAUUCAAAAGUCCUGGCCUGUGUUAAUCGUCUGUGGAGGAUUACUCCCUUUGUUCCUAUCUGUGAUCUGGUUAAUGAUGAUUCGCUAUUUUGUUGCUGGGAUGCCUUGGAUAACUGUGGUAGUCUUCAAUGCCCUUGUAAUAUCUGUUACAAUGUUCUUCUAUAUAAAAGCUGGUUGGAUUGGCCAUGAUCCUUUAACUGUUGUAAUUGGUGAAAGUGAUCCUUAUGUCAACAUAGGUGGACGGGAGAUAAAUCACCUUCAUGCUGCUUCUGUCUUGAUGACAGUAAUAAUGAUUCUGGCUUUCCUGACUUCAAUAGCUAUUGCUCGGCGCAUACUGAUAGCUACAUCUGUCCUGAAGGUUGCUGCAAAGGUCAUUGGUGAAGUCCAGGCACUUAUUAUUUUUCCAGUUGUGCCAUUCUUGAUCCUCACUAUCUUCUACAUAUUCUGGUUUUCAGCGAUGUUACAUCUUUUCAGUGCCGGGCAAGUAAUAAAAAAUGAUUGCAAUACGGAUUGCUGCUCGUAUGAUCUCAAGCUUGGCAGAGUAAAUUGUGACAGCUGUUGUGGGUACAGUAUUCACUACACCCCACAUAUUGGCAUUGCCAUUCUUUUUCAUUUUCUUUGCUGUUACUGGGCGACACAAUUUUUCAUCGGAUGUUCUUCGACUGUAAUUGCUGGAUCAGUUGCUUCGUACUACUGGGCACGUGGUGAGAUAUCGCAUGAUAUCCCUUUUCAUACCGUGGUAUCUUCCCUGAAGCGCUUGGUGCGCUAUAGUCUUGGCUCUGUGGCUCUUGGUUCGCUGAUUGUGUCCAUCAUUGAGUGGGUUCGAUUUAUACUCGAGACACUUCGCCGCAGGCUGAAGUUUGUCGAUUCUGCCCAUGACAGCUGGUUUGGGAAGACAGUGUCAUCCUCAUCUCAGUGCUGCUUAGGGUGCAUUGACUGGACCCUGAAAUCAGUGAAUCGAAAUGCAUACAUCACGAUUGCCAUAACAGGGAAAGGAUUCUUCAAGGCUUCUGCGCUAGCAACUGGGUUGAUCAUGAAGAAUGUGUUGCGCAUUGGGAAAGUGAAUGUGAUUGGGGAUGUGAUUCUCAUGUUGGGCAAGCUGUGUGUAAGCCUGCUGUGUGCGCUGUUUGCUUUCAUCAUGUUGGAUAAGCACAAGUACAGAUCUGGCCACAACAAGAUAUCAUCGCCGCUGGUUCCUGUGUUGGUGUCGUGGGCGCUGGGUUAUAUAGUCGCGAAGCUUUUCUUUGCAGUGGUGGAGAUGUCGAUCGACACCAUAAUCCUGUCAUUCUGCCAGGACACUGAAGAGCACCAGGGGAACGCGCAGUAUGCGCCCCCACUGCUGAUGGAGACACUGGACGAGGAGAGUGAGCUGCAAAGACUAACAGAGGGGCCAUGAAGAUGAAGCAUUCAUUAAUUGUCUCUUCUGAAGAAGAGUUGAAUAACACUCUGGAUGCUGCAUCUGUAACUUCCUUAGACGACCAUGCAUGCAUGCAUGUCUUUAUUUAUAUAUAUGGAUCCCUGGAGUGGAUCGGAGGUGAAAGUAGUUAGUUAAGGUGGGAUCAUAGUCAUGGAUGGUGCCAUUCCCUGUGACAUGUGUCUUGGUGUGGAUGCUUUCAGAAAUUCAGGCACCAGCAGUCAUCGAUAUAAACUUGUUGCUCG